UCCUUGUCCCAAAAAAUAAAUACAAACCUUCUCAGCUCCGUCAAUCUGUGUCUCAUCAUCAUCCUUGUGCCACACGCCUUUCAAUCAAAAUUCAAAUCCCUCUCUCUCUACUAGGGUUUUUCUUUCUCCAUCCCCAAUUUCAACACCUACAUCCAUAUAUAUACGCAUACACUCAAAACCUAUAUAUACACACAUACACAACGCAUAUAUCUAUUUACACCGAUACAUAUAUAUAGACUAUAGAGAGAGAAAGAGAGUAGUAGUAGCGCUAGGGUUUUUGAAAGAAUCCAGAAGCAAAGCCUUAGUAGCCAUGUCGCUGAGGCCAAACGAGAGAACCGAGGUCCGCCGUAACCGAUACAAGGUGGCGGUGGACGCCGAUGAGGGUCGCCGGAGACGCGAGGACAACAUGGUGGAGAUCCGCAAGAGCAAGCGCGAGGAGAGCUUGCAGAAGAAGCGCCGCGAAGGCCUUCAAGCCACUCACCAGCAAUCCUUCUCUUCCUCUCUCCACGCCUCCGCCACCACCACCGUCGAAAAGAAGUUGGAGAGUCUUCCUUCGAUGGUUUCUGGGGUCUGGUCUACUGAUAACAACUUGCAAUUGGAGGCCACUACUCAGUUUCGGAAGCUGCUUUCUAUUGAAAGAAGCCCUCCAAUUGAGGAAGUAAUUCAAUCUGGGGUUGUUCCUAGGUUUGUCGAGUUUCUAGUCAGGGAGGACUUUCCUCAACUUCAGUUUGAGGCUGCUUGGGCACUUACAAACAUUGCAUCAGGAACUUCGGAGAACACGAAGGUGGUGAUUGACCAUGGGGCAGUUCCGAUCUUUGUUAAGUUACUGGGUUCUCCUAGUGAUGAUGUUAGGGAGCAGGCUGUGUGGGCAUUGGGAAAUGUUGCGGGGGAUUCACCUAGGUGCCGUGAUCUUGUACUUGGUCAUGGAGCCUUGAUUCCAUUGCUGGGGCAGUUGAAUGAGCAUGCAAAGCUUUCAAUGCUGAGAAAUGCUACUUGGACUCUGUCUAACUUCUGCAGGGGCAAGCCACAGCCGUCAUUCGAUCAGGUGAAGCCAGCACUUCCUGCUCUUGAGCGUCUUGUCCAUUCAAAUGAUGAAGAAGUCUUGACAGAUGCCUGCUGGGCUCUCUCUUAUCUCUCUGAUGGUACAAAUGACAAAAUCCAAGCUGUUAUUGAGGCAGGCGUCUGUGCCCGACUUGUUCAGCUCCUCCUACAUCCAUCUCCUUCAGUGCUUAUUCCUGCUCUUCGCACAGUUGGAAAUAUUGUGACAGGAGAUGAUAUUCAGACUCAGUGUAUAAUCAACCAUGGUGCACUGCAAUGCCUUUUGAGCCUGUUGACCCAUAAUCAUAAAAAGAGCAUCAAGAAAGAAGCUUGCUGGACUAUCUCAAACAUUACAGCUGGAAACAGGGAACAAAUACAGGCUGUGAUUGAAGCUGGUUUAAUUGGUCCCUUGGUCAAUCUGCUUCAAAAUGCUGAGUUUGAUAUAAAGAAAGAGGCAGCAUGGGCAAUUUCAAAUGCUACUUCUGGUGGUACUCAUGAACAACUCAAGUACCUGGUGAGUCAAGGGUGUAUAAAACCAUUGUGUGAUCUUCUUGUUUGCCCUGAUGCAAGGAUUGUCACUGUUUGUUUAGAAGGGUUGGAAAACAUUCUGAGGGUUGGGGAAGCAGAGAAGAGUUUGGGUAACUCUGGAGAGGUUAACUUAUAUGCCCAGAUGAUAGAUGAUGCUGAGGGAUUGGAGAAGAUUGAAAAUCUACAGAGUCAUGACAACAAUGAGAUCUAUGAAAAGGCAGUCAAGAUUCUGGAAACAUAUUGGAUGGAGGAGGAUGACUCAUUACCUCCAGCUGAUGGUUCCCAGCCUGGCUUUGGCUUUGGGGGGAACGAGGUUCAAGUUCCAUCAGGUGGAUUCAACUUUAGCUGAAGAGAAAAUUGCAGGGACUAAAUUCCUGCUGGGGAAGGCAAAGUAUAUGUUGGGUCAGGUCAGGUCAGGGCACUUCGUGGUGUCUCAUUUCAGUCUGGUCCUGUGUCCGUUGUGGUCUUCAAAGAGGUGCCAAGGUGGGUCAGUCUAAUACUACCGUGUCCAAAUAAGGAGGGGGUAGGUGGGUUUCAUUGUGGCAUGAUGGCCUAGUCAGCUGUUUUUGGUGUUUUCACCUGGUACCAUGAUGCUGUGGAAGGUGUCCCUAAGUUCAUUAUUGCAUACGCAGGGUCCCAAUGGAUGUACUGGUGGUGGGUGGGGGUUUGAAUGCGUUUUGAGUCAAUUUUUCCCCAGAGUCAUGUAUUAGUAGUUCCUAGUCUGCAUUUGUUUUGUCUUGUUGGGUGGAUAUAUAGUAUCCAGACACAGUUUCUGGUGUCUUGAAGUAAGAGUUAAAUGCUAUUUUUUA